AUGUCUAUUGAUCCGAAGAGCGUACUAGGCCGCUACCGCCAGCUAGCCCCCUCUGCUUCAGUGCGAGUGUCCCCAAUGUGUCUAGGCACAAUGACAUUCGGCGGUACACACCCCGAGAAAUAUGGCGAAUGUAGCAAAGAAGAAGCAUUUGCAAUGAUGGACUUUUUCUAUGAAAACGGCGGCAACUUCUUCGACACUGCCAACGCCUACCAAGACGGCCAAUCCGAAGUCUGGCUCGGCGAAUGGAUCGCCUCCCGCAAAAACCGCGAAGAGCUAGUCAUAGCAACCAAGUACACCUCCGGAUACAUGCUACACUGCAAAGACAAGAUCCAAGCCAACUUCAUCGGCAACGGAACCAAGUCCAUGAAUCACUCUGUCGAUGAGUCCCUGCGCAAGCUGCAGACUACGUAUAUCGAUUUAUUCUACGUCCACUGGUGGGACUACACGACGUCGAUCCCGGAGUUGAUGCAGAGUCUGAACCACCUCGUUGUCUCGGGGAAGGUGCAUUACCUCGGUAUCUCGGAUACGCCUGCUUGGGUCGUGACCAAGGCGAAUGAGUACGCGCGCCAGAAUGGACUCCGGCAAUUCUCUGUUUAUCAAGGAAAGUGGAAUGCGGCGAGACGAGACCAUGAGCGAGACAUUAUCCCCAUGUGCGCCGAUGAAGGAAUGGGUCUGGCUCCGUAUGCGACAUUGAACGCAGGCAAUUUCCAGACGGCUGAGGGGUACAAGGCUCGCGAGAAGUCGAAUAAUGGCCGCAAAUUUAUCCCCGUUUGUGCGCGGGAUAAGCAAGUUGCUGCUAUUCUGGAGAAAAUUGCCAACAAGAAAGGUGGAGGCGUGACGUUAUUGAAUGUUGCGUUGGCUUAUGUGUGUCAUAAGGCGCCUUAUGUCUUUCCUAUUGUUGGUGGUCGGACUGUUGAGCAUUUGAAAGGUAGCAUUCCUGGAUUGGCCGUUUCACUAUCCAAGGAUGAGAUUGAGGAGAUUGAGACGGGAUAUGAAUUUGAUCAUGGAUUCCCUCAUAGCUUUUUGAGUGGUACUUUGUUUGACCUGUCUCACCCGAGAGGGGCUGCUGGUCCUGAAGAUGUGUGGUUGACCAAGCCAUGUGGUCCCUUUGACUGGGUUGAGCGUCCGAAGCCAAUAGGGCCUCGCCAAUCAUAG